AUGGGUGUCAAGGGUGGUAAGGACAACAACACGCAUGCAGGCUCUGCCCAAUUUGCAGCAGCAGCGCAGAAGCCAAGGCCUGCCGUGCAUGCAGCAGCAGCAGCAGCAGCAGCAGUUGCAGCAUCACGUGGCGGUGCAUCAUCAGUGAGAGCAGCUGGCAAGGCCAGCAGCAGGCAGGCGAGUGGGGUGAAGAGGAGAGAGGAGUAUGGGUGUGGGGAGGGAGCAGCAGGGAGGGCAGCAGGUGGAAGGCAGGGUGGUGUGAAGGCAGCAGGUGGAAGGCAGGGUGGUGUGAAGGCAGCAGGUGGCAGAGCAGUGGCAAGUGGCGUGUGUGGCAGGGAGGGGGUGAAGCAGCAGGCGGGGCGGAGAGAGGGUUUGGUGCAUGAGAGGGAGGUGUGUGGGUGCCUGCAUGCGUGUGUGGGCUCAUGGGUGCAUGACUGGAUGGGUGCAGAGUGCACGGGUGCAUAG